AUGGGCAACUUUGAUGGAGUGAAUGAUCAGGACCUGACUCUUCAACUGGAGAAUGAUCAGGACCUGACUCUUCAACUGGAGAAAAAUCAGGACCUGGCUCCCCACCUGGAGAAUGAUCAGGACCUGACUCUUCAACUGGAGAAUGAUCAGGACCUGACUCUUCAACUGGAGAAUGAUCAGGACCUGACUCUUCAACUGGAGAAUAAUCAGGACCUGGCUCCCCACCUGGAGAAUGAUCAGGACCUGACUCUUCACCUAGAGAAUGAUCAGGAUCUGACUCUUCAACUGGAGAAUGAUCAGGACCUGGCUCUCCACCUGGAGAAUGAUCAGGACCUGACUCUUCACCUGGGGAAUGAUGAGGACCUGACUCUUCAACUGGAGAAUGAUCAGGACCUGGCUCCCCACCUGGACAAUGAUCAGGACCUGACUCUUCAACUGGAGAAUGAUCAGGACCUGACCCUUCAACUGGAGAAUGAUCAGGACCUGACUCUUCAACUGGAGAAUAAUCAGGACCUGACUCUUCAACUGGAGAAUGAUCCGGACCUGACUCUUCAACUGGAGAAUGAUCCGGACCUGACUCUUCACCUGGAGAAUGAUCAGGACCUGACUCUUCAACUGGAGAAUGAUCAGGACCUGGCUUCCCACCUGGAGAAUGAUCAGGACCUGACUCUUCAACUGGAGAAUGAUCAGGACCUGACCCUUCAACUGGAGAAUGAUCAGGACCUGACUCUUCAACUGGAGAAUAAUCAGGACCUGACUCUUCAACUGGAGAAUGAUCCGGACCUGACUCUUCAACUGGAGAAUGAUCCGGACCUGACUCUUCCCCUGGAGAAUGAUCAGGACCUGACUCUUCAACUGGAGAAUGAUCAGGACCUGGCUUCCCACCUGGAGAAUGAUCAGGACCUGACUGUUCAACUGGAGAAUGAUCAGGACCUGACUCUUCACCUAGUGAAUGAUCAGGACCUGACUCUUCAACUGGAGAAUGAUCAGGACCUGGCUUCCCACCUGGAGAAUGAUCAGGACCUGACGCUUCAACUGAAGAAUGAUCAGGACCUGACUCUUCACCUAGUGAAUGAUCAGGACCUGACUCUUCAACUGGAGAAUGAUCAGGACCUGACUCUUCAACUGGAGAAAAAUCAGGACCUGGCUCCCCACCUGGAGAAUGAUCAGGACCUGACUCUUCAACUGGAGAAUGAUCAGGACCUGACUCUUCAACUGGAGAAUGAUCAGGACCUGACUCUUCAACUGGAGAAUAAUCAGGACCUGGCUCCCCACCUGGAGAAUGAUCAGGACCUGACUCUUCACCUAGAGAAUGAUCAGGAUCUGACUCUUCAACUGGAGAAUGAUCAGGACCUGGCUCUCCACCUGGAGAAUGAUCAGGACCUGACUCUUCACCUGGGGAAUGAUGAGGACCUGACUCUUCAACUGGAGAAUGAUCAGGACCUGGCUCCCCACCUGGACAAUGAUCAGGACCUGACUCUUCAACUGGAGAAUGAUCAGGACCUGACCCUUCAACUGGAGAAUGAUCAGGACCUGACUCUUCAACUGGAGAAUAAUCAGGACCUGACUCUUCAACUGGAGAAUGAUCCGGACCUGACUCUUCAACUGGAGAAUGAUCCGGACCUGACUCUUCCCCUGGAGAAUGAUCAGGACCUGACUCUUCAACUGGAGAAUGAUCAGGACCUGGCUUCCCACCUGGAGAAUGAUCAGGACCUGACUGUUCAACUGGAGAAUGAUCAGGACCUGACUCUUCACCUAGAGAAUGAUCAGGACCUGACUCUUCAACUGGAGAAUGAUCAGGACCUGGCUUCCCACCUGGAGAAUGAUCAGGACCUGACGCUUCAACUGAAGAAUGAUCAGGACCUGACUCUUCAACUGGAGAAUGAUCAGGACCUGGCUCCUCACCUGGAGAAUGAUCAGGAUCUGACCCUUCACCUGGAGAAUGAUCUGGUCCUAGCUCCUCACCUGGAGAAUGAUCAGGAUCUGACUCUUCACCUGGAGAAUGAUCUAGUCCUUGCUCCUCACCUGGAGAAUGAUCAGGACCUGGCUCCCCACCUGGAGAAUCAAGGUCCUCUGGAGAGUAGCUCUUCAGGAGGAAUGUUGGCUGACCCUGCCCUAAAUUUGGUGGUCUAA